CCACCACCCAAAUGCCCAGAUAUAACCCAAGUCCUAGUCCUUCUUCAACCACCCUGUAAUUUUAAUUUUGUUUUCGUAGUUUAAUCUCUCAGUCCACUUCACAAAUGCUUUAAUUUUGUUUCCUUUUGCUUGGUUGCUGAUAAAGAAAUAUGAGAGAUAGAAUGGAAAAGCUUGCUCUUCCUUUCUCCAUUGGUUGUGUCUCUGAAUCAAGUGUGGCCAUUGGCGUGCAUCACCCAAGAAGAACCAAGCAGCCACCGGCUCUUCAACACAUGAACCCAUCUCUAAUAAGGAAAAAAGAAGAUGAUGAAGAAAGCUUAUCAAGCACUGAGAGUAUGAAGAAUGGCUUGAAAUUUCAUGCUGUUUCAAAGCCUAACAUAUCAGAUCGGUUUCAUAGACUUGUCAAGGGUUUCAAGACUUUCUCUCAAUUAUUUGUGUAUGAAGAAGAGGAAGAGGAAAUGGAAAUAGGGGGACCAACAGAUGUGAAGCAUGUGACACAUAUAGGGUGGGAUGAUGGGUCAGAAAAUCUGAUUUCUCCAGGAUUGCUCUCUCUUCAUCAGACUCCUGCUUCUCUUACCCAAUUUCAGCUUUUCAUGGCUUCUCAUCCUCAUUCAUCACCUACUCUUGUUAAUGAUUAAGCCUUCCUCUUGCCUAUAAUGAUCUAAUAGACACAUGCACAUGCACAUGCACAUGCACAUGCUUAUGUAUGUUGGUGAUGGUGCAUUUCAUAGUUUAUAUUUAAACUUUGAAAAAUUAAUCAAAUUCCAAGUUAUAUGUUUUUGUUAUGUUAAAGGAAUACAUUUUAGAUAGUAGUGAUAUGAGCAGGGAAGCAAUGUACAAAUAUGUAAUUUCACCCAUUUAUACAUUCAAUCAACAAGUUUAUUUUCAA